ACAACUCAACUUCGGCAAGCUUUCGGCGUCUGAAGUUUCGCACGAUGCUCGGCAACGUUCGUCUGGUGACUGCCGUUGUGUCUUGCGUUGCGCUCGCUCUAUCUUUCGUUGGUGCGGAGGAGCUAUGCUCCGUCGUCCCGUACACCUACACCGUGGCCAAGUCGACUUAUCCAGAGCUAUCGACAGCUCUGGGGACACUCGAGAACUACGCCAUCGCUUCAUGGUUCACGGAUCGGUCGUCAACUGAAGAGCGAGCUGGUUUGCUCUCUCGUAUGCUAAAUCAAUGUCCAGAGAGCAGUCGUCUCAGUAUUGUGGUGUAUGGUAUCCCUCAAAAAGACUGCGCGGGCGGAUUCUCCACCUUCGGAAGCGUGACAGACACGAACAGCUACCAAACCUUCUUGAAGCAGCUCACGGAUACCAUCGGUGAUCGCAAGGUGCUUUACGUCGUCGAACCUGAUGCGGUGGGCCUCCUGACUCAAGAUAACGGAUGUGGUGCAUCCGCGGGAUACCUCGAGAAUCUCAAGGUCGCAGUUGAGGCGCUGUCCAUGAACCCCAACGCAGAGCUUUACCUGGAUGUCGGAUAUUGGAUGCUAGCGUAUACCGAUAGCGCUGCUAAGGUGGCCACUGCUAUGAAAGAUAUCGGGAGUUCCGGACGCGUUAAGGGGGUCACUAUUAACACGUCCAACUACCGCUCGAACGACGAGUGUGCUCGAUACUGUACCAACUUUCAAAAUGCCAUGGGAUCCACUGCAAUGUCUUGUAUUGUCGAUACCAGUCGCAACUACAAUGGUUCUCCCACGACUGAUUGGUGCAACAUCCCCACUGCUGGCAUUGGCAAGCCGCCUACGUCGAGCACGGGAUACUCUAAUCUUGACUACUUUAUGUGGAUCAAGCCUCCUGGAGAGAGCGACGGCUACUGCUGGGGUGGCCAAGCGGCAGGCUCGUUCUUCUACGAUGGUUUCAAGCUGCUAUGGGACCAAGGAUACUUCGUCAAAGAGCUGGGGAUGCCGAAGAUCGGUGAGACCUCGGGCACGGUCACUGUGACGUCGACACCUUCGACAUCGGCACCAACCUCAGCACCAACCUCGGCACCAACCUCACCACCAACCUCGGCACCAACCUCACCACCAGCCUCGGCACCAACCUCACCACCAACUUCAGCACCAACCUCAGCACCGACGUCAGCGCCGACGUUAGCUCCAACUUUUGUACCACCCACAGCGGCUCCGAUAACAACAGCUCCCGUGGUUGUAACUCCGUCCCCGGUUUGGUUCACGGCAGCACCAGAAACUUAUGCUCCGGGCACUGUGGCUCCGUGGUCGUACGCACCAAGUCCAUGCAGAUUCAGAAAGCGUCUGCGCUCGCUGUAA